AUGCAGGCGUCAGAUGGUUUGGUGGGACCUCUUGUCAUUCAUGCCAGAGGCGGAGAAGAGAAAGAAGAAUCGCAAAAGAUACCGUACGAGCAAGACCGCAUAGUCAUGGUAUCAGACUACUACUACGACCUCUCUUCCGAUCUACUCAUGCAGUACCUCGCCCCUGGCAGCGAGAACGACGAACCCGUUCCGCCCUCCGCCUUGAUCAACGGAAGGAACAUGCGAGACUGCGCCGACUUGCCGAAUCGAAACUGCUCUUCCUCUGGCACCAGUAACGCCUUGUUCAAUCUAUCUCGUACCAGCAACACACGACUCCGCAUCAUCAACGUCGGAGCAUUCGCAGAAUUUGCUUUACAGAUCGACGAACACGAGUUCCAGGUCACAGAAGUCGAUGGCACGGAUGUGCACCCCCAGUCUAUCCAUCGGCUGAACAUCAAUCCUGCGCAACGAUACAGUAUCAUCGUGACGCCACCAAAAGAGGAGGAAAACCAAGGCAUGUACUGGAUGCGCGCGAGGAUGAUAACCCACUGUUUUGCAUACGAAGAGCCAGAGUUACAAGAAGAAGUCAGAGGCGUACUAUACUAUCCUUCUGCGGACGACGACGACGACACGAAAAACCCCAUCCCAACAAGCAAAGACUGGCCCGAAAUCAUCGACGUAGAAUGCCGAGAUCUAAACACCUCAACCCUGGUCCCCGUUAUCGCAGUACCAGCCCCAAAUGUCGAUCCUCAGCACACCCUCUACCUGCGCUCCUCGUUCCAGAUCCGCGACUGGAGGCUCUCGCGCGGGUACCUGAAUGACAGUUCCUUCCGCAUCAAUGCUACAUCACCGCUUCUAAACACUUUGCUCUCAACACAAACCCCCGAGAUGAAGACGCAAGAGGGUAUACUAGACACACACCCCUUCGACUCAGUUCACCAGCUCGUCUACCAAACCAAGUCCACACGCACUAUAACGAUCUUGAUACAGAAUCUCGAUGACGGAACACACCCCUUCCACCUCCACGGCUACAAAUUCUUCGUCUUGGCCCAGGGACAUGGAUCACAUGGGUUUAACGAAUCCGUUAAGGAGGGAUACGGCGAGUGUGGAGGCGUAUGGGUGGUUGUUGAUCAGCUUUGUGGCGGAUAA